AUGUCUUCUAUACUUGUCACGCCUCCAUUACCGGCAGAAUCUGUUCUUAAUAGCUUAAAUCCUCAAGAAGCUAUUCAUGAUACUCCAAAUUUCAGAGCAAAUGUAAGGAAAUUUGAAGAACAAGUUGAUCAUUUUGAAAAAUGGCUCGAUACUCUAUUUAAAGCAUUAAAACAUUAUUCAGAAGAAUCUGUCAAAUACAAUGAAGCAAGUAAUAACUUGACGAGAAAAGCAACGCAAGUUCCAAGUGACGAUUCACUGUUAGAUCGUGACUUUACACUGAUUGCAGCUAGAAUCUUUGCUGAUACAUUACAAACAACUUCCGCAUUUAAAUCAAAAUUGGUAAAUGAUAUUGAUGAAAAGUUAAUACAUCCGAUAUCUCACUUCACAAAAAAUGAGUUAAAAGAAUUCAAGGAAAUCCGUCGUAACCACGAUCGAGCAGUUGAAAGAUAUGAUAGUAUGCUUGCGAAAUACUCGUCACAAUCAAGAAAUAAAGAAGCUAGUGCGUUACGAGAGGAUGCAUUUCAAUUACAUGAAGUUCGGAAAACAUAUAUUAAAUCUGCUUUAGAUUAUACACUUAAAAUUGUUCAAUUUAGGGCUUCUAUAGAUCAUCUAAUAAUGGACCAAUUCUUGACUGGAACCUUUGCGCAUUUAGAAAUGCAUGAGGCAAGCCUAAUUGUAUAUAAAGAAUCGGGGAAUCAUUUGGAAAGAUUAAGGAGUUGGUUAUCGGAGAAGACAUGUGAAAAUCAAAUUCCUCUACUUCAUGAUUUACGGAAUAAAUUAGAGGAGGAAGCUAUUAAUUCAAGUAAACCGCGUCGUACCCUAACAACAUAUACCGAUAAUGGAGCGAAUUUAAUGACAAUUCAUCCUAAUUCUGAUGUUCAACAAACAACACGUCCAUCUUCGCCGGCAUCCCUACCAAACGAAACACCUACUAAACAAGGUUAUUUAUUUAUGCGUGCUACCGGAAAAAAUACUUGGGUUAGAAAGUAUUUUUAUUUAAAAGACGGAAUUUUCUGGUGGGCGUCCGUUGGACAUGGUAAACUUCGUUCAACUAUCGAGGAAAGUGAGAGAAUCGGAGUACUUUUAUGUGAAGUACGGACAGACAUAUCCCAGGAUAGAAGAUUCUGUUUUGAAAUCGUAUGUGGUGCCAAACAAACCACAUAUUUACUGCAGGCAGAAACAGAUUCAGAUUUAAAAGAUUGGAUUUCAGUAUUUGAGAAUGCGAAACGACACGCUUUUCGUUCAUCAAGUGACCUUUCUUCUUCCGCAGCAGCUGCCGUAGUUUCUCAUAAAGAAUUAGAUGAUGAGCAGAACGUAUCUACUGAUGAAGGACAUGAUAGUAAUAAACCAUCAACAACUGGUUCUGUGGAAGGUUACAAGGUUGAUGGUAAUACAACGAUAGCAGAUUCAAAAAUUACACUUCCUUCAGCUGCAGCUUCUCCACCUUCAUCCCAAAAUUCAUUAUCAAAAAAAUGGGCAGCUCCAGCUUCUAAUUCAUCUAGUUCAAUAGGUACAAAUUAUGGCUAUAGUACGUCUCUAAAGGGAUCUUCGGCUACGUUAGCACCUGUUAUUAAUAAUAACGGAAAUAUUGCUUCAUCCUUAUCAACACAACCAUCUAAUGAGAAAUCCUCAACAUCUGCAAAUCAGCAAAAUUUCUGGGGAACUUUACAGUGGGCAAUGCCUACUAUGAAUUUAAUAAUAAAUACGGUUAAUGCAUCGGAGGGUGACGAUGAAGCUAAUGAAGAUGGCACAGGGCGUAAAAGAUCAUCAUCGUUAAAAAAUAAGGGUGGAAGGUCACGUAGUGGAAGUGUUCCUGUUGGAUCUGGUGCCGACAGUUCUAUUGCUGAAUACCCUCAGAAUUUAUUAUUACAUAAUGCUCAAUUACAUUUAUUGUUUCCUUGCGCAACUGAGGUUGAAUUCGUAUUGAAUAUUUUUAAUUGUGCGUGGUAUAUGGAUGAUAUGCUAUUUAAGGGACGUGCAUAUAUUACACAAGAUAAGCUUUACUUUUAUUCCAUAGUGAUGAGCGUAAUAAAUAUGUUCUGGGUUAGUUGGCGAGAUGUGAAGUCUAUUAAUUAUAAGACAACUGAUACAGGACAGAUAGUAGAUUUUGUCGAUGAGAAUCAUAGUAAAGUUUAUACAAUCAAAACAUUUUUAGAUAUUGAAGGCGUGUUUCAUGAAAAGGCUCGCAUAGUUUGGAGUCUUGCAACCGGAGAGAAGUCGGUAUCUUUGCAAAGUGUAUUUAAUGCUGUAUGGAAAUUAAAAAGUGAAUCCAAAGAGGAAGAAAAGAAAGAUAUUGUAUCUGAAAAAAGUACGGAACAAAAAGAUGAGGCUCCAACACAGGAAAUAAAUGAAAAACCCUCGGAUAAAGUCGAAGUGGUAAGCCAGCAAAAUGUAAAUUCAGACGAUCAUAAAAAUCAUCUCUCUGAUAAGAUUCCCGUUAAUGAAAAAAAACACACUACCGAUGCUCCAAGAACACCUAGUAUGAUAACAAUUCCACCACCAGAAGAUGAUGAUCUUCCAUCCAAUAUUCUUCAACCUAAAGGUCCCGUUAAAUGUGAUUGUUCGGAUCAUCUUGAACAAAAUGAAGUUGAACAUGAAUUCUCAAUUUCAGCCAGAAAACUUUUUGAUAUAAUAUUCGAUGAGAAAAGUACAAUAUGGUCUCGUUUACAUAAAAAAAAAGGAAAUAGAUUGUUACAUAGCGGACCAUGGGUUAUAGACAAUAGUGGUAAUGGAGAAAGGAAAAGAGAAUUCAAAUUUAUUAUGCCCGUUAAUAACUCUAUGACUAAAGUGAAGGAGAGUGAAUGUAUAGAGACACAAAUAUGCAUGAAACGAGAUGAUUACCUUUGCUAUAGCGUUUUGAGCUAUACUAAAGCAUUACAACUUCCGUAUAAUGAUGCAUUUUUACCAAUGUCCAAGUAUUGUAUAACUUAUGUUUCGAAAACAAGCUGCAAACUAGCUGUUUAUAUUGGCAUUCAGUGGUUCAAAUCACCAAUGGUAAAGUCUAUAAUUCGAAGAGCUGCAAUGUCCGGUUUGGCAGAUACCGUAGAAGACUUAUUGACAUUGAUUAAGACAGAAGUUACACAACGUAAACCUUUAGUCCCAAGUUCACCGUUAAGAUUACAUCCAGUUUCUCCACUACGUCGCCGACCUCACUCAUAUCGUCAUCAUAAAUCACGAUCAAAAAUAAGCAGCGAAGAAACGCAAUCACCCGAAGUAUCAACGAGCAAGGUUUCGACUAAUUCACCUAAAGAACCAAAAGGAUUCCGGGUGUCCAAUUCACUCAUUCAUAAUAUUAUGGAACAUGCUAUCAGACUACUUACUGGGUCGAUUUCAAAUUUUGUUGGAAUUGUAACCAAAUUUUCAUCUAGCGGAACACUUGGAAUUGUUUUAACAUUAUCAUUAAUAUGUAACGUUUAUUUAUGGUUUGGAGUUGGAUACAAUGUUAUAAACACUUCAAUAGUUACGGAAUCUGUUCAUCCGCUUAAAACAUAUGUUGCAUCACCUGCAGUAUAUAUUCGUGAUUUAGAAGAACAAGUCUUGAACUCAAGUUUUAAAGUUCUAAAGGGAGUUGAUCCUAUAAGUUUUCGGCAAUUUCUGGAUACGAGGAUCACCCAUCCAGCGUAUCCAUGGCUACUUCAUUCACAUCAUCGUAUGUCAGAUGAGAUAUCAUUCGCACGUAAAAAAGUAGCAAUACUAAGAUAUGAUUUAUUGCUUACUUUCCAGUUAAUAAAUUCUAUUGAUAAAAGGUUAUUAGAAAGUGAAUAUGUUAAUUGGUUAUUAGAUGAAAGGGCCAAAUGUAAUAAAGCAAGGUGGAUGUUGUUAAAGGAUGAUUCGUUAUCGGAUGAAGAAAUUGUUAAAAAUUCGCAACCAAACAAUAUUAGUACAAGUGGUGACGAUGAGUUGAAUUCUUCUUCAUAUGAUGAUGAGAAACAUCAGUUUAAUAUUAAAUCUGAAUAUAAAGCUGUUCGAAUAUAUUGUGGGGAUGUUAAAAGGCAAUUGGAUGCAUUUUCUAGAAAAUUGUAA